AUGCUGCCUUUUUCUGACAUUUGUUCAGGGCCAGCUAUGGCUACGUCUUCAAAUACCCCCCUCCCACAAGAUGAUGGUCUGUGGAUGUUUCUUCAGAGCCGAGGGAUUCCUGAGAAAAAUAUUCAGAAAAUGCAGCAAGAUCUUAUUGACAGCUCGGUAGUUGGAGAAAUAGAUGAUGCCACUAUGACUGCUUACAUUCCAGCAUAUGGUGAUAGGAUUGCUACAAGGCGUUUCUGUAUGGAAAAACAGAGAAAGGGUGGUGAUGAUCUAAAAAGACAGUCCUUAUUUGAAAAACUUAGAAGAAAGUUGGGCACAUUGACAAGCAAUAAAGACACAGAUCAAGAUUUUGAGGAGGAGCUUUCUAUGCAGCCAACAAAGAUACAUCUGAGAAAUAACAAAAGGGCCGUGAAGAUGACAAGGAAAAUAGAACUAGGAUGGAUACACGACAAGAAACAAGUGAGAAAACGCAAUGGUGGAGGAACCAGAGUUCUUGAUAUUUCCAAGAAAGCCACAAAAACAGAGAUUCUAUCACAAGCUAAAAAGCUAUUUUUCCCCAAUGACAAAUCGAGAAAGGGAAAGUGGGAAGAGUUCAGUCACAACAUUGUUGACUUUCAGGAAGCAUACCUUGAUGAGGGUGUUAGUGUGGGAGAGCUCUAUGAGACACAUCAAUUGGGGAUUUUAAGAUUUUACUUGUUCACAGAGCACCAGACAAAUGAAGAUGAAGUGUUCACAGAGAUGACAAAAGGAACUGAUGAACAGACAGAUGCAGCGAGGCAAAAUGAGCGACAGAAAAACGCAACAGAAGAUAAUGAGCAGUUGACACAAAAAACACAUGACAGUGAACAGCAGACACAUACUGUAGAAGAUGUUGUCUCUACUGCUGUAGAGAUUGUUGAUCUUACAUCUUUGUGUGAUACAUCAGAGGUCAUUUUUUUGCCCUUUGCAAGGUGGACCAUUUUUAGAAGAUCUCGAUGACACAAUCUUACAUGAGCCUAUAGAAGAGGCACAGAUAAACAUCAACGCCUACAGCUCAACUCCUCUCCAUUCUGACACAGUGCCUGCUGGCCCCUUAAGUCCUACUUAUGAACCUUUGCAUGUGAUGGUGAAACUCCACAGAGUCAAUCUCUUGGAGGAACUGAUUACUCAAUUCAAGGAUGAAGUGAUUAUGUCCUACUCUGUGAAAUACAGCUUCAUUCAUGAAAUAGGGGCAGAUGCUGAUGGUGUGUCCAGGGAUGUAUAUGCUGCCUUCUGGACAGAGUUUUUAGACUGUGCAGCAGAGGGUGCAGAUAUGAGAGUACCAUCACUAUCCCCAAAAUGGCAAGAAGAAGAAUGGAAAUCUGUUGGUAGGAUAAUGGUCAAGGGAUUAAAGGAACAGAACAGGCUGCGCAAUUGUUUUAUUGCGCAAUUCUCAAAUUUUUCACACUCUCACGCCUCAGGGUGUCAGGUUACAGGUUACAGGCCUUUUUACACAGCAGGCUUCUAGGCAGAGGGGUUCUCUUUGUUUUAGGCCUUUUAAAC